UUUCUAUUUCUUCUACAGCCGAUCAUUCUCCUUCAGCCCUCUAUCCCCUGCAGUGGCACCUGUGCCCAACAAAGACCUUUCAAUGUUUUUAGUUAUGAUGUAACCAGAAUUAUGUCAGUCUCAAUCAGUAUGAGCACAACAAAUCUUCCAUUGCCCCACUGCAUUUCAUUUAUUAUUCCUAUACGUCUCUCUCCCAUUUGAAUCCUCAAUCCUCUCCUUUAUAUUCCGAAAUCCCAUUUCCCAUUUUCACACUUCUAUCAAACCCAAAAUGUCAGCAAACGGUAACCCCACAUCUCUCUCCAACCAGGGCGAAUUCCAUUCCCGCGUUCCCCCUUCCGAUCCCUUAACAACUAAAGGCGUUCGUUAUGUUCUCCCCCAUCACCUAUCUCCAUCACUUAACAAACGCAGCACGCCCCCGGCGUAAAACUCGGCAACAAUCUCGCCCAGAAUUCACCGCCGCAACUCCACCUGCGGGAACCGCACCAUCAGACAGAACUUUCAAAUCCAACACGCAACAUGAGGUACCGGGCCAAGCCAACAACCCCAAUAUCUCAAAGGAAAACUGGACCUCAGCGCAGGACACGGUUGGCGGAGCGAUAAGUGCUGAUGUUCCUACAGGGUAUGGACACCCUGGAAGUGGACUGACGAGCCAGGAAUUGCAUGGUACGGGGAAGAAAGAGAGAUCUGGGUUAAGUGGUGUUGGAGCAGAUCAAAGUGAUCCUGUCAGAGAGAGUGGCCUUGAUGUCGACCUUCCCGAGGGCACGAGGGGGAAGAGUGGAGUGGAUAGGCAGGAUAUUCUAGGUGCUGACGAGAGGGUGCCAGAGGGUGCGGAGGCGGUUGCUGCUGAGAGGGAUAAAGAUAGACAUUCAGUGAUGCUCUUCUCAUUAUUCGAUCUUGAACUCCGCCUUGUCGUCCGUGCCAUUCGAGAUUUGGUCAGCUGCCUGUCCAUCCAUUACACAUUCAACGCUAUUGAUAUCUCACUCUCCGAUUAGUUCAUCGAGUCUAUCUUCGUGUUGCCGAAGUAUGACGGGCAUGCUGCAUCCCCAGGGAAUGCAGAUGUGAUCGUUUUCUCUUGUAUCGUGAGGAACAAGUGCUACUGACUUCCCGUCCCUGAUUGUCAAUCUUUUGUUCCACGUCACACCUUGGACUCUUCGAAGAAAGGCUAUAAUGGCGGAUGAGUGGCCAUCAGAAGAAGCGGACUU